AUGGGGUAUUCAAGGCUAGCUUUUGUAUUUCAAACGCAGGCGGGUGAAUCUUCCCUACUUAACCUCCCUCCAUCACCCUUCACUGCGUUCAAAGUUCGAAGGCUCAACACCCUCACCAAAUCAGCAUCCACACUUGCAAAGCCCCGCUGGAGAGAGGUCUCUCACGACGGUGGCUCUCCGGUUUUGUCGCGUUCCUCCAGCGUUAGUACCUCAGGCAUCAAUGUUGAGGUUGUUCCCCCGACAGACGACGAGGGCGCAUCUGACGAAGAAGAGGCCGAACCAACCCCUACCAAAGUGGAGGCAGCUCAAGCAGACUCGUUUGCUGAACCUAAGCCGGAGUAA